AUCCUGUACAGCACACACAUGCGUUGCUGCGCUGCGCUGCGCUGCACAUGUGUCUAAUGUGUUCUUUGUGUACAUGUAAGUUGCUGUUACUGUGUAGAUUGUGCACACCGCAUGUAGGGGGAACUGCUUUGCGCGAUUGCUGGAAUGAUGGCUACAUGUACAACACAUAUUGCAGCUGCGUCUCUUUUGGCACCGGGCAGGUUUUUUCCUGUCUACUUGGUGGAGUGUGGGCGUCGCCUGGAGGGGCGGACAAGUCAUCCUUGCAUGCGCUGCUGCAUGGUUUUUCUUUGUUCUUUGGCACCUGUCUCCCCCUAGUCAAUACGGGGAUGGGCUCUAAUCGCGGUACGAGCCGAAACCUCUCAACAAAUCUAGGAUAUCUUUACAGACCGAACAACAGAUCGUAUCGUUGUAUUCACGACUAUCACAAGUCUAAGCAGUGUUUCAACUCCAGAACGGAUCAAGUCCCGUCUUUCCCUUGCACUUGAAUUCAAAGCAAAGCCGGGGAAUCCAUGUGUGUGUGUGUGUGUGCCGUCAAGAAAAGAAAAAAAAAAUGAGUAAAAUAACAGAAUGACGUAAAACAA